GCUGCGGACCGCGGAGCCAAGCAGGCAGGCAGACAAGCAGGCACGACCCAAGGCAUAAACUCACAUUCAGGGACAGACACGGACGUAUGGACGCCAAUACUCUCUUCUCCCCUUAAAUUAAAGUGCCCUGACAUUUAUUCACCACGUCUUCCACAGGAAGUUUCCCUUUGGUAACAAGUGGACGCUAGCAAGUUUGGUUGCGUCGGCGAACACUUCCAGAAAGCCAAAAGUUUGCGGUGGAUCUUGUUAAGACGCUGCGCCUCCUUCCCUCCUCUUGCCACUACAGCUGUUUGUCAGCUGUUGGCCCAUCCCGGUCUACUCGAAGAGAUGGGGUUUAAAACCUCGAAGGAAUGCCUGUGACCAGCCGCGGGUGUCCGGACAGAUAACCAGGUGCGCCGCUGCCGUCAUGGCGAGGCCAGCGGGGUGGCUGUCUCGUUUCUCUGUGGUCACCCUGGCCCUGGAGAUGCUGGUGGCGUCGUCUGCGGAAGUGGAACAUGAGUGGCACUUCAAUGCAGCUCAGUGUCGUUACGCCCUGGGGAUGGAGGAUGGCAGCAUCCCAGACUCUGACAUCACUGCCUCCAGCGCCUGGUCCGACUCCACCGAGGCCAAGCAUGGCAGGUUGAGCAAAGGAGAAGGGGACGGCGCUUGGUGCCCCGCAGGCGCAGUCUUCCCCAGCGGAACAGAGUACCUUCAGGUGGACCUGCACAAACUCCACUUCCUGGCACUGGUUGGCACGCAGGGUCGCCAUGCCGACGGGCACGGUCAGGAGUUUGCCCGUAUUUAUCGGCUUCACUACUCCCGAGACGGAGUGAAGUGGCUCACCUGGAAGGACCGCUGGGGCCAGGAAGCGGUGUCGGGGAACGAGAACACCUACGAUGUGGUUCUGAAGGACUUGGGCCCUCCUAUAGUGGCCCGUAUGGUGCGCUUCUACCCACUGGCUGACAGGGUCAUGAGUGUCUGCCUACGAGUGGAACUGUAUGGUUGUGUGUGGACAGAUGGUUUAAAGGCUUAUACAGCUCCCGUGGGCCACGUCAUGAACCUGUCAGGCAUGCCCGUCAACCUGAACGACUCCACCUACGAUGGAAGCACACAGCAAGGCUUGCAGUUUGGCGGCCUGGGUCAACUGUGCGAUGGCGUCCUGGGAGGAGACGACUUCAUGGAAACCAAAGAGCUGAGGGUGUGGUCCGGCUAUGACUACCUGGGCUGGAAUAGAGAUGUUCUCGGGAAGCCCAGCGUGGAUAUCGAGUUCCAUUUUGAGAAGCCACGUGUCUUCCGUACCAUGCAGGUGCACAGUAACAACCGUCACACUGAGGGCGUGCGGGUGUUCAACAAGGUGGAGUGUCUCUUCAAGCCGGACAUCCUGCAGCCAUGGUUGUCUCCGGCUCUUGUACUGUCUGUGCCUCUAGAGGACCUGAAGGACCCGUCCUCUCGAACCAUCUCUUUGCCACUGGGAGGACAUGCGGCUCAGAUAUUGCACUGCAAGUUCUAUUUCGCAGACCGCUGGCUGCUUCUCAGCGAGAUAUCAUUCCUGUCUGAGCCUUUUGAAAAGGACGUCACACGGACACAUUUCAACCAUCCCACCGCGAGCUCCUCUCCUGCCCUCAACCGCACCUCCUCUAUCUCCCCAGCGCCGAGUCGCAGCGCAUCCAACACUACCGCUUCAGUUUCCGCACCCCCCACCAUUGCCACCUCCACCUUCAUGAUGGACACCACCACUAACUGGACUCUCUCAGGCUCGGAGUUUGCCGCCGUGUCUCCGAGGGCGGGGCUUCCCGUGGCCAAGGACGACAGCAACAACACGGCCAUUCUGAUUGGCUGCCUGGUGGGCAUCAUCCUGCUGCUGCUGGCCGUCAUCGCCGUCAUCCUGUGGAGGCAGUACUGGAAGAAGCUGCUGGGGAAGGCCCAGGGCAGCCUCUCGAGCAACGAGCUGCGCGUCCACCUGUCCGUCCCCUCGGACAACGUGGUCAUCAACAACACGCACAGCUACUCCAGCCGCUACCAGCGCAUCCACACCUUCCCCGACGACCCCGAGCGGGAGGGCGAGUGCGAGUACCAGGAGCCAAGCGCCUUGCUCCGCCCGCGGGACCACCGUGACAGCACGGCCUUGCUGUUAAACAACCCGGCCUAUCACCUGCUCCUGUCAGAUCACAGGAAAGAAUCGGCGCCCAGCACCUGUCAGGCUCAGGAAAAGCGCCUCAAUGUGCCGCAUGCCUGCGGACUGGACUUGAACCCGGAGAAGAGUUUCCCCCCGUCUCAGGACGAGCCUCCACCCUACCCCGGGUCGCCGCCUUACCCCGCCCUGUCGCCGCCCGUGUCCCCCCCGCUGCCCCCCAGCGUGCCGCACUACGCCGAGGCCGACAUCGUGUGCCUGCAGGGCGUCAGCGGCAACAACACCUACGCCGUGCCCGCCCUGGCCUCGUCCAGCCUCGGUGGGGCGGACGCCACCCCUUUGCCGGAGCUGCCCCGUCAGUGUCUCAUCUUCAAGGAGAAACUGGGGGAGGGACAGUUUGGCGAGGUGCACCUGUGUGAAAUAGAAAACCCUCAAGACCUUCCUAACCUGGAAUUUCCCUUCAACGUGAGGAAAGGUCGCCCUCUGCUGGUGGCUGUCAAGAUCCUGCGGCCUGAUGCCUCCAAAAAUGCCAGGAAUGACUUCCUGAAGGAGGUGAAGAUCCUCUCCCGCCUUAAAGACCCCAACAUUAUCCGUCUGCUGGGCGUGUGCGUGAGCAGCGACCCCCUGUGUAUGGUCACCGAGUACAUGGAGUGUGGAGACCUCAACCAGUACCUUUCCCACCGAGUGCUGCUGGAUAAGAGCGGACCUUCACACAACACUCCCACCAUCAGCUACCCGGCUCUCAUUUCCAUGGCCGGCCAGAUCGCCUCCGGCAUGAAGUUCCUCUCCUCGCUCAACUUCGUGCACCGCGACCUGGCCACACGCAACUGCUUGGUGGGCGGCGAGCUGGGCGAGAGCGGAGGCGACCCGAGCGGCGAGCGCCACAUCAAGAUCGCCGACUUCGGCAUGAGCAGAAAUCUGUAUGCGGGAGACUACUACAGGAUCCAAGGACGAGCCGUGCUGCCCAUCCGCUGGAUGGCCUGGGAGUGCAUCCUCAUGGGUAAAUUCACCACCGCCAGUGACGUGUGGGCAUUCGGGGUCACCCUGUGGGAGAUGCUGAGCGUCUGCCAGGAGCAGCCUUACUCCAACCUGACGGACGAACAAGUCAUCGACAACGCCGGCGAGUUCUUCAGAGACCAGGGCAGACAAGUGUAUCUGGGGAAACCCGCCGUGUGUCCUCAGGGUCUCUACGAGCUCAUGUUGAGCUGCUGGAACAGAGACUGCAAGCUCCGCCCAUCUUUUGGCGACAUCCACUCCUUCCUCACAGAGGACGCCAUGAACAUGGUGUAAGACGCCAUGAACAUGGUGUAAGACGCCAUGAACAUGGUGUAAGACGCCAUGAACAUGGUGUAAGACGCCAUGAACAUGGUGUAAGAUGCAUCAGGAGUCCACUGGUGGGGUCGAGGCUUUUCUUAAAACACUUUUUUAGGCCGAGGGGGUGCUGGAGACGCUGCUGGUUCAGUUGAAUCCCCAGAAACCUGCAGUAAACUUAGCUUGACUUGCUGUAGAUCUGACCUUGCGUAGUACAACGUGGUGGGUGGUGGUGGUGGUGGUGCUUUCUGCAUUACAAGACUUCUUUCUUUUUUUCCAAAGGGGACAGGAAGUAUCUUCUAAAUGCGGGCAGACUGUUAGGUGUAGUGGUUCACAUAGUUUAUUACCCUCCCAGCUCCCCUCCCGCAAAUAACAUGUAAUGGUUCCAUAGUUGCCUUUUACACAGAGGCCCUCUGGAACUCUGAAAACGGAUGGCAGGAGAUUAAAGCCGGUGGAUAACAUAACUGCCUCGGGUUCAAUUCCUGGACAGUCAGGCCAGGGUGACCUCCGCCUUUCAUUUAAGUAAGCUAAGACGGACUCCAUCUCUCCCGAAUAAGAUAAGUGGAUCGAUGCCGGGAGAUGAGGGUUGUUGGCAAAUGUAGAAUUUCACUUAGCUGCCUUCCACGUGACCUCGCUUGGCUAGUAGCAAUCAGCCAAGUGUGUUACCCCAAAAUCAGGACCAGAAUUAGUGGACUGGAAAGCGGAUAACUGAGGUCCUUUGGUAGUGUAGUAGUUCCCAUAGUAGUUCCCGCCACAAGUCAAGCGGCUCCCCUUGCACUCCUGAACAGGGUAAGUGUCUCUUGGCAGUGUAGUGCUUCACGUAGCAGACCAGGGAGGAUGGCGACUUACUCAAAGGGGACUACGUGACUCACUGCAGACCUGCAGUGCACUUCCAAACCCCAACAGCAUUAUUUUAGGGACAACGGAAGACAUUACUGCGCCAAAGAGUGAGAAAAAUCCCCCAAAGUGCUGCUGUCACAUGACCUCCAAACUCAAAGCAGAAAUGUUACUUUCAGUUUGGACACACAAAAAAAAAAGAAUAUUCCACAACUUCCUGCACUUUAACACGUUUGUGGCUGAUGAACUGUUGCUAUGAAUCCUGCUUGUGUGGACUGAAGAGCAGUGAUUGGAUGACAGCAGGAUGUAAAAAUAUCAUUUUGAAAUGACUGAUUUUUUUUUUUGGUCCCCGCUAUAGAAAGUCUUUGUUACACAUUGUUGUACAGCACUAGAGUCAAUCAGUCCUACACACCAUCAAUUGAUAGUUGUGGUACCAUUUGAGUCCCCUUUUGAUACACUAUUUGAUACAGUGUAGUUAACCCUUUUUUUAGAUGCUUUGUCUGCUGGUACAUGAAUAGUUUGUACAUAUUUUAAAUACAAAUCUGUAUUUUCCUGUACUAAUGUAUGGAGCACUCUUGUUGGAGUCUUCUGUAGAAACGCUUGCUACCUUGAAUAUUGUGCUGUUUAUAUAUUUGUAGAUGUUUCAAUAAAGUUUUAACCCUUUUCAAAUAAAAACAA